AUGACUACUAUCACAGGUAAAUCCCAACUAACCGAAAGAAUAUCUAAAAAAAUAAAAUUAACUAAAAAUCAAAUUGACAGUGUAAUCACUAACUUUUUAGAAGAAACCAAAAAAUCUUUACUAAAAGGUGAAGAGGUUCGUUUGCAAGGCUAUUUUACUUUAAAAACGGCUAUUACUAAACCCCGUAUGGCUAUGAAUUUACAGACUAAAAAAAAGAUGAAAGUUCCGGCUAAAAGAGUGCCGAAGUGUAAAUUUAGUGUGAGUUUAAAAGAGGAGAUUAGCCAAGUUUACCUAAUUUUGGAAUUAGAAAAUGGAGAAUCUAUUCUGGUUUUUGGAGGCAAAGUAAAUCAGGAAAGUAAGGGUGUAGAAAUCCCACCAAUUAAUCAGAGAUUAAUUUACUUUACUUACUUGGAAACCCUAAAAGAUGGCUAUUUACUUUUUGCCGAAGAAUGGCAGGCUUGA